UUUAAAGCAGUGUCUGUCCAAAAUACAUAAAUUAAAGUUAGCUAAUUUGUCCUAACCUAUUAUGUCGAAGGUCCUAACAGAAUCCAAGUCUAGACCAAUAGGCAAACAGAUCUAAAAUAAGUAGGCGCGGUUACAAAAUGUUCUGAGCCAAUAGAAUGGUCGUAACUGUGUAAACUAGUAAAAGUGGCAAGGCUUUAGCCAAUCACAGCGCUCCUUGGGGAACCGCGUGAAGGGAGGGCGCGCUACGCUGGCCGAGGGCACGCAGGGAGCAGCUAGUCAGAAGAGGAGGGCAGAAGCCGAAUGGUGGAGCUGAAGAUGGCGGAUGGAGACAGUGGGAGUGAGCGUGGUGGAAGUAGCGGGGGAGGAGGCGGCUUCCAACAUUUCCAGAGGGACCAGGAGACCCAGGAGCUGGCGUCCAAGCGCCUCGACAUCCAGAACAAGCGCUUUUACUUGGACGUCAAGCAGAACAGCAAGGGCAGGUUCAUCAAAAUCGCUGAGGUAGGGGCCGGGGGCUCCAAAAGUCGUCUGACCCUCUCGCUGUCAGUGGCGGCGGAGUUCCGUGACUACCUCGGGGAUUUCAUCGAGCACUACGCCCAGCUGGGGCCUAGCACUCCGGAGCAGAUCGCCCAGGCCACCGCUGGCGAAGACGGCGGGCCAAGGCGAGCGCUCAAGAGCGAGUUUCUCGUCCGGGAAAACCGCAAGUAUUACCUGGACUUGAAGGAGAACCAGCGGGGUCGGUUCUUGCGGAUCCGGCAGACCGUAAACCGUGGACCAGGCUUUGGAGUUGGAGGCCCUGUGGGCGGCAUGCUGUCCGGCCAGACCAUUGCCCUUCCGGCGCAAGGGCUAAUAGAGUUUAGAGACGCCCUUGCUAAGCUCAUAGAUGACUACGGAGGAGACGACGAGGAGCUGACAGGGGGCACGGCCGCGGGGGGCUUCAGCGAGCUCCCAGAGGGCACCUCCAUCAUGGUGGACUCCAAGCGGUUCUUCUUCGACGUGGGGUCCAACAAGUACGGAGUGUUCCUGCGCGUGAGCGAGGUGAAGCCCAGCUACAGGAACUCAAUCACCGUCCCGCUCAAAGCCUGGAGCAAAUUCGGAGGCGCUUUCUGCAGAUACGCCGAGGAGAUGAAGGAGAUCCAGGAGAGGCAGAGGGAUAAGAUGUACGAGAGGAGAGAGGAGUCGGAGGGGGACGACGUGGACGACGACUGAGAACUUUAAACAGCUGUUAGUCCAGCUACACGGAUCUGCAGCAUAGGGGUAUUUUGCAUAAAAGAAAAAAUAAGAAACGACAGAUAAAGUGCAUGACAAAUCGUGCUGUAAUAGCCUACUAAAGUAUUGUGGCGUAAAAAAGUACAUGUGCAGGGAAUUAUUGGUGUAUUAUCUUAAAAGUUUUUAGGGUUGAGGGUUGAAGUGGUUUGUGUGAAUCUGAAAGUGAAAAAUGUGUAGAUGAGAUGUUUCUCAUUGGUUGAAAAAAGUGUGAUAUGCCUUGUUAAUGAGGAAAGAGAGAACCUACUAAAAGCAGCAGAUUGGUUUCUGUAAUAAGAUAAACUGAUGAUUGCUUUCAUAUUCAUAGUCAGAGAGUGUGAACCUGUUAAAAGAUGAGUUCCUCACUCCGGUGGAGGCAAGAGCGAGCAUCCAUCCAGUUCCAGUCCAGGUCUCUCUUCCGUGAGCAGUUUGUGGGAUUCUUACAAGUCUGAGGAACGUUAGAGGAAUGUAUGGAGAGCUGCUGUGGCGGAUGUAGAUGCUGUGCAUAAGAUCAGCGCCAGCAGAUGGAGAGCUGUCAUACGAGCGUGCAGCAUCUGCAGGCCGUUAAUCGAAAAGAUUACCCAAAAAUGUCAGGGGGAAGCUAUUGAGAGGAUUAUCUGUAAGCCUGAACAACAAGGGCCUCAUGGAAUAAAUUAAAGCUUUGACUCCAGCAGUCAGUUAAAGUGCAGCUCAGCUGGGUUUUAUGUUAUACAUACAAUCAUAGCAAUGCAUAGCGUGGUGUUUUCAGCAGGAGCAACCUAAAAGAGAGGUGCGUUCUCACACCAGAGCAUCUCUGGUGUUUGAGAAGGCAAGGAGCAGAUUCCACCUAGGACGAGACGUUUUAUUACAGGACUUUUCCAGGGUUUAUUAUCUCCCACAUAACAAGGGUCCAACCAAAUAAUCCAGGGAGUGCCGCAUCACAUCCAGGAAGGAGUUUUCCCAUCAUCCCCUCUGAGAUGGUCAGACGUCCGAUCCGUCUCAGGAUCAUGACCCUGGACAGAAAUGCGUUGAUGGAUGUUUUCUUUUUUUCCUAAAGAGAACUAUAUUGAAAUGAAAUUCUACUUAUAAGGAAGAUGUUAUUAAACAAACCAGCAAAAGAUAUUUUCAAAUACUUCUAAAGAAAAUGUACUGUCUAAUGAAAUGUCGAGACGAAAAAUUUUAAAAAGUUAAUUUCUUACAGCAAAAGUUGUUACUCAGAAGUACCAGAUUAUUUUUCUUUGUGUUUUUCCCAGAGACAAAAAUAUAUCAGUUCCUGAAUUAAAAUAACCUUUAAUGAU